AUGGAUCCACGACGGCCCCAACAAUUCUACCCAGGCGACCCUAGAUAUCCUCCGAUGAAUUACAAUCCGCAAAACCCACCGGGAAAUUACAAUCCGCAAGCCCAACCACCAAUGCACGCCGGCAAUGCACCACAAGGUUUCCAUCAAAUGCCAAGCUUGGGAUCAUCAGCAGCACCUGGGAACCCGAAUUUUGACUUUCAACUAUUUCCUCACACGUCAGAUUAUGGAGCACCAAAUCCGAACCAGAACUUCCCAUUAUUUACUCAGACGUCAGAUUAUGGAACAAGGGCCAUACCUAUAGAUCCGAACCUGAACGUUCAAGGUUUUCCUCAAGCAUCAGCUCGUGGAGCACCACCGACACGUCUGAAUGCCCAUCAGCCGUCUUGGGGACUCCCUCCGCCAUCCUCACGGAGCAAGGCGACAUCUAUGUCUGACUUUAAAGGUGAUCGCUCGAAGCCAGAUUAUGGGCUAAGUCCGAUUGAAAUGCAGUUCCUUCAAGAUAAUCGCUCGAAGCCGGAUUUUGGAAAAUCUGUGAAUGCGGACCAAUCCAUCCAAGGUGAUCACUCGAUAGCAGACAAAAGAACAACGGCAACAUUAAUGAAUCCAAACCAGACCUUCCAAGAUGCGCUUCCGCGGUUUGAUUCUCCAACAUUGACAGCGCCCAUACAACUUAAUGAUGUACCACAAGGGUUUGAUCAAGUGUCUGAUCAAGACAGAAUAUCCAGACUCUCAAAUUAUAAAAGGUCCCUCUUACCACCAUUUCAAUGCCUUCCAGUAUGGGUCCGGCGGAUGAACGGCAGAGGGACUGAAAUACCAGAUGAACUUCAAUUGCCUGAUAACUGGCGCGAAAGUCGAGCUGAUGGAGUCUUAGAGGCAUGCCGAGAGCUUGUCGAUCAAGCCCAAAUUUUAGAAUCUACCGACGAUUGGACUCAAAUGACUCAAAGACUUCAAGAGAAGCAUCCUAAAUCAUCAGUAUUUGGAAGCCGUAUUAUUCCAAAAGACGAUCCUUAUGUACGAAGGUGUUACUCCACGAAUGCAUCCACUCACAGACUUCUUAGGGACUAUGUCGUUCUUUGCCCUGCUGGACCGACGCACUACAACAGCCACCUCAGCCGCAUGAAACGACCAUUGGUCCUCCCAGUUUCUGUAACGAAUAGUCAGCCAGCUCUUAUGGUUGUCAUAUUUGAUCUUCAAGCCGUGCGUCCUGCGAUGGCAUACUGGAUGUGUUCUGGCGGUGAUAUCUCGGAUCGAGAGGUCGACUGCAUAAUCUCAUCCUGCCGCGAUGUGCGGUACACACCACAAGCUACUGUAGAUGGGGAAGAUGUCAUUCGUAGAAAGCUCGCAAAUUGCGCAAAAUCACCACUCGGGAGCAGUGUUCAACUAGAUGAUGUUUCCCUUCAUCCUGAUCACAAGCAAGCGAUUAAUGUAUUGGGAACGGCUCUAAGAAUCGCAUAUCCUGACGAUAAUGACUUCGUGUUCUUUGGAGAUUUAGGCAUGAGCCACACCGAUCAAUUCCAGAUGGAGAAAAUUCGUCAAAACAGCUAUCACCUAGAGCCUGGCAACAAUGAUUCUCUAUCGUGUCUGGAAAGAGCACUUGGAAUAGGAACAAAGUUUCUGGCGCUGUGGUUCAGUUUCACGGAAGGUCCACUGCAGCAUGCUCCAAAUCUGCACAAACUCAGAGAAUUAGCGGACCAGCAUCGCUUCAUCAUAAUCUGUGAAGACACUGUAGGUUCGUUAGUGAACUGCGACCUCCUACGCUAUGCGGAUGUGAUAAUGGUCGACCUAUCAAAAGCGUUUGGUGGUACUUGUAAUGUUUUGGGUGGCUCAAGGAUCAUACUCAAUCCCCGAUCCUCACGAUAUCCGCAGAUCAAAACCGCUCUCAGAAGACCGGCCCGGUACCCUUAUAGCCCGUUGAAUUCUGCCAUUGUGGCACGGAAUUGUGGCGACUUCGAGGACCGCGUGCAUCUCGCAAGCUUUCAAGCCUUGAGAAUCAGCGCGCUACUUUAUCUCAACCACAGGGUCAAACGCGUCUACUAUCCAUUCUUCAAUGAAAGUAGAAGUAAUUACGACGCGUGCAAAAGGGAAACAUCCGGUGAGCCGACCUCGAAAUGGGGCUUCCUCUUGAGCAUCGAGUUCUUUCGAAAGCAAGACGCAGUCAAAUUCUACGAUUGUCUCUAUGUAGCCAAAGGAAUGUGGUAUGGCACAAAUUUCACCAUGGCCUGUCCAUAUGUUUUGCUGAAACAUUUCAAUCCACUUUCCCACGUAAAACCAACAGAUUGGGCUUUGCCCACACCUAAUCUUGGUCAGCGUUGGACUGGAGCCUUUGGAUUAUCUGAUGGGGAUUUUCAAGGAGGCGCUGGAUCAUCUGGAUGUUGUGGAUUCACCCCGGAUAUGGUCUACUAG